AUGGCGCUUUAUGUGUAUUCCAAAAGCCGCGUGGAUGUUUGUAUUCCAUUCGCCGAAAAAGAGGAAGACUGUACUGUGUAUGUCAUAAAAGUAAGUGUUGGCGAAGUUUGGUGGUUGGUGAAACAACGAUACAAAAACUUCGAUUCGCUUCAUCAACAACUAGUUCUUAACCAUGGUAUCCGAAAAGAUCUUUUACCCGCCAAAAAAAUACUUGGUAACAAGGAUCCAGAAUUUAUUGAGAGGAGACGAUCUGAUUUGGAAAUCUACCUGAAGAAAAUUGUUCAAUUCCUCGAAAAAGCAUUACCUCUUGAGGUGUGUUCUUUUUUCGAGUUUGAAGAAUAUGAAGUUUAUUCUCUAGUCAGAAAAAUGGCUGCCGAGCUCUACCUUAAUGGGGAAACAAAAAUUCUGUCUGGACAGACAAUAUCCAUGAAUCCCCUACAGCUACAUGCUGUAACACAGAAAAUACAGCUACCUCGCUCUCCAGUUGAACAGUUAAAUCGAGAGCAAGAUUUUGCUCACGUUUUGGACUUUCUGGCCAAUAUUGAAUCUCUUGAAAUCGUCGGCAAUCGGGAUUUCUACAGAAACAGCAACUUAAUUUUAAAUAGUCUCCCAUAUGAUCUCUCAGCUUUUAAAAGCCUAAAACAUUUGUGUUUUAACGGUGCCAACGUCAGCAGUCUCAUGUGUGCUCGAAGCUUAAGGAAUAAUCUGGAAACCCUUUCGGCACAUUCGUGCGGACUGAAAACAGUGAUAGAAGUGCUCGUUUGUGACAGCGUCCACAAAAAUCUUGAGGUCAAGAUUGACAGUCCAUACGUGUGGCGAGAGUUAAUUUCACUGGACCUCUCCGAAAACAAUUUGACAGAAGUCAGUCCUGCGGCCGUCUGUUUGGUGCCCAAACUACGCCGACUAUGGCUGAAUUGCAAUGCCCUUGAAACAGUUACCAAUCUGUCAAGUUUAUCUGCACUCGAGUCGUUGAAUCUUUCGAAUAACAGAAUUCGCCAAGUACCGAAUCUCCACACCAAAUUGGGCAACGUAAAAUCACUUUUCCUUGCUCAGAACCGCCUAACAAGCUUAGAUGGACUGGGAAAGCUGUAUGGUUUAGUGACGCUGGACGUACGUUCUAACAAAAUUGCCGACUUGGAGACGGUUCGUCCUGUGGCCGCUUUGCCUUGUCUGGAAGAUCUGACUCUAACAGGAAAUCCCGUCACUACUGUUUUAGAUUUCCGCACCAAAGUUCUCACCAUGUUUGGUAGAACCCGCGCGGGUGAAAUCAAUCUGGAUAAUGAAAAAGCUAUGCAAAAAGAGCUGGACACUGUGGCCGUGCUCCUUGCUCUAUCAAACUCAGCAAAAAAAAUGGUUCUCAAAUGAUGCAGAUUAUGUUUUUUUUUUUUUACUAUCAAAAUUAUAGCCUAACUUUAAAAACUAAAGUCAUACGCGAUGAUUCUCCUUAUAUAUUGUAUUAAUUCACCUUAAGUACCGACACCUGAUUAUUCCUUGACCUUUCUGUGAUGGCCCCCGCAUAGACAUCUAAUGGUUCAAUCUGUCCAGAGUGUCCUUGCAACUCUAUUAUUCAAAAGGAUCCUGCUAUGAUAAGAACUCUGAAGAAGCUAGACUGUAUAUUCGUUACUCACUUCUAUAUAGCUUAUUGUUGAAUACAUUCAUAGCAAUUGUUUGUGAA